ACGCAAAAUAUUCCCAUUACAAUUAGAAUACAAGAACUGAAAUUUGGGUGAGAAUAGAGAGAUGAGUAAGAAGAUAUUGGUUGUGGGAGGCACUGGUUACUUGGGUCAGCAUCUGUUACAAUCAUAUGCUAAUCAAUCUCUCACAGUGGCAUUCACCUAUCACUCCACUCCUCUUCCUCAACCUUUCUUGGAUGCAUUUCCUCAUUCUCAACCUUUCCACCUCGAUUUGAAAUCCGGCAUUGGAUUUGAAGCCAUUUCCAACGGAUUUGGCCAGCCUGACGUGGUUAUCAAUUGUGCUGCCAUCUCAGUCCCUCGUGCAUGUGAAAUUGAUCCUGAUACUGCAAAUGCUAUUAAUAUACCAUCAUCCCUUGUAAAAUGGCUGCAAAGCUUUAAACAAAACAGUACUCUUCUCAUUCAUCUCUCCACAGAUCAAGUUUAUGAAGGGGAGAAGUCCUUUUACAAGGAAGAAGACAUUGCUAUUCCAGUAAAUGUUUAUGGAAAAACUAAACUUGCGGCAGAAAAGUUUAUUUCAGAAAAUUUCUCAAACUUUGCAAUUUUGAGAAGCAGUAUCAUCUAUGGGCCACAAACUCUAUCACCAGUUCCAAAAUCUCUUCCUGUUCAGUGGAUGGACGGUGUCCUUUCUAAAAGCGAAACAGUUGCGUUCUUUCAUGACGAGUUCCGUUGUCCGAUUUAUGUUAAGGAUCUCGUAGCUAUCAUACUAGCUUUAACAAACCAAUGGAUAUCAGGGAGCAAACAAAUGCAGUUGUUACUUAAUGCCGGUGGACCUGAUAGGGUAUCACGCGUUCAAAUGGCCGAGGCUGUUGCACAAAUCAGAGGGCAUGACACUUCAUUAAUCAAACCGGUGUCUGCUUCAUCGAUUGACCGAGGUGUAAAGUCCCCAGCCGACAUAUCUAUGGAUAUCACUAGAUUGGUUAAAACUCUAAAAAUUAAUCCGGUUUCAUUUAAAGACGGUGUUAAAUUAACACUUACAACUGAAGCUCAGCGAUGAAGCAGAAACGAAAUUGUCGCAUAAGGCUUCCUUGUUCAGCAUUUGAGUGUUCUCACUUACCAUUAAAAAUUUCAUGUGCUCUCAAUAGCUCAACUACAUUCAGAUUGUUGUAAAAUAAAUGUAAAUUCUUGAAAAACUCAAGUCAACUCAUUAUGUUUGACCUUCAUGAACUAAUCAAAAUAUUAUUUUCUAAACAAGAAAAAAUUAUUUU